AAUACAUUUUUUGUAUAAUCUCUGAUUAGAUUGUGUUAUUCUUGUUGCCCUAAAUAAACCGAUACAAUUAUAGCACCGAUAAAUAUUUAGUAUGUGGUAUACCACAUCUACAUCUCUAAUAAGUAGCAUGCAAAAGUCAAAUCGUAAUCGUCUCAGUGAGGAGCAGCUUCUUAAAGCUAUACAGAAGAAAAAAGAAUGUAAUGCAAAAGCCCAGAAAAUAGUUGAGUCGUUCUUAGAAAGAAACAUUGCAAGAGAUUAUUUCCUAUCUCAGUUGAAAGAUAUUAAUCAAUGUCAUUACGAAGACAUCGUGGAUGAACGACACAUUCUUCUAAUAUGUGGGUAUCCCUUAUGUGACAAUCUAUUGGAAAAAGUGCCUUCAAAAAAAUAUCAAAUAUCGACGACUAUAAACAAGGUUUACGAUAUAACGGAUCGUAAAAAGUUUUGCAGCUCUCAGUGUUUCAAAGCGUCCGAGUUCAUAAAAUCACAAAUAUUAGUGAGUCCGCUUUGGUUGAGACAAAAUGAACAAAUACCGGAGUUCAAAUUGUUGGAGGAAAAAAAUACAUAACUUGGUACUUAAUUUUAAUUUUUAAAAAUAGAAAAUUAAUCUUGAUAUUGACAAAUAAUAUUGUAGUUUUUAGUGUAUAAUGAUAACACAUUAUUUGCCUAUAUUCCGUUCCUUUUCAAACGAAUUAAAUUAACUCGUAAAACUAUUUUUUUUUUUAACUAUGUGAUAAAAGACUAUUAAAUAUUAAUUAUAAUAGAUAUAAUAUUAUGAAAUAAAAUUUGUUU